GGUGGGGGCCGGUGAGCGGGCUUGUUUUCGGUGCCUUAAAACCAAAACAAGUCUAAGUUUUCUUGCGCCUCUGAAGAUGCUCUGCUGGCGUUUGCUGGGGCCCUGAACGUGAGCGCCUCGCUGGAGGGAGAGUUUUAUUCUGUUUUGGGCAUCUCUUUUUAUCGGUUGAAUAGUAGUUGGUUCUGGCAGUUAACGUGCGUAGGAGGAAUGUAAGGGAAUGGUUAGUUGGGCUUGUGAUCGUGGCCUGUAGUCACGCUUGAAUCGCAGAACGAAGUGGUUUUGUUGGUAUAAUUGGAAGUUACGCUUAGUUUCUCUGUUUGCAAAGUGCCUGUCUUUGGGGUGUUCGGUUUGUUUCCUUUUACAGGACCUACCCCAAAUGUUUCUUGCUCUUCAAGAAACGUUGCCUUUGGGUAGAGAACCUAUGCAACGGAAGACGGGACGGAUCCUAAGUUUGCCCUGAUUGCUCAUUCGGAGAGGUCCCUUCCCUAGGCCACUGGGUGGUUGCUGGUGUGCGCUUGUGUGGUGUCUCAGGGUUUGGGGUCUUGCUUCAGAAACAUUCUCGGGGCCUGGGGCAGAUCAGGUGCCGCCAGGUGAGCGUCUCCCGACUGCAGGUGCUUGGGUCUUGCAGAAGGGAAUACCUCCCCAAGCCUGGGAGAGUUUGCAUUUGGGUGCAGGAGGGUCUUUAAAGGCUUCUUGUGCCAGCCUGUCGUGGCGACCACCCGUUGUGGAGAUGAGUGCGGUGGAGUUCUGGGAGGUGAGUGCUUUGCUCACCCUCAGCCAGGAAGUUGCUCUGAAGUCGGUGCUGUCAACCAGCAGAGCAAGGCGGUGAUCCGAGAAGCUAAAGCUCAGCCGGUUGCGGGCGCCCAGCAGGAGGACAGAAGGCAGACUUUCGGGCCGCUCCUGGAGUGCCCGGCCCUGUCUCCGUUGCUGCAGUGUCUGGGCCUUGCCUGGCUCUAGUAGAUGAGAGUUGUUUUUGUCUUUGCAUCAUAAAAGUUUCUUGCUCUGAAGCGUCUAGUAACUACUAGCCGGUUCAGUAAGUGCCUAUCUGUGAAUUUGGAAGGGCAGAUUCGAUUUUCAGCGGGAUUUUGAAUGCUUGGUCUGUGUUGGGAUUACAUUGUUACAGAUUGGCCGCUUUCUCCAGAAGGCCAGUAGGAGGGGGUGCAGGGGGAGGGGCCUGGCUUCUGUCUGGGACAGGGUGGGUGUGCACCUGUGGCUCCUUGCCCUGAUGGUGCAGUGCCUGUGAGACCACCCCGUGGUUCUGAGUGCUUUGGGGCAGGGGACACAGCAGCAGCAGCCAGGCCUUGGCAGGAGGUCUUGCAGGACCACCCCUCACGACUUCUCACACCUGAGACAGUAAUAGCUAGGUGCUGGGACGGGGGCUUCUAGGCGGCUCUGUCCAGUCCUCAGCAGGAGGGCUGCCUGUGGCAGGGUCCCAGGCCUGGCUGGCCUCUCUGCGGCCUGGCCUUGCCUGGCUGUGAGGAUAGCAUUGCCCAUGGUCCUUCAGUGUCCGGAGCACUGGCCUGAGGCUUCAGAGACCUGCCUGAUUCCUGGCCUCGCUCAGACCCCGGGCACCUGGGAGGUCGUGCCUCCUAGAAACGGCCGCUCGCCAGGCCGCUUUGCACCACACCGGGCACAGGCUGCGGCCACUCAGGAAGCCCAUCGUGGGGCUGGGGAAGCGAGAGCUGCUGCCCUGAGGAUCCGUGUUUGGUGAAAAGGAGCCAAAUCCACCUGCAGGGUAGGCGGCUCUAGCAGCCUCAGAAGCCUGGUACCCUGGCGACACUGGACCUGCCUGGGCUUCUUUGAUCCCAACCCCACCCCCGAUUUGUGCUUUGCUGACUCGGGAAGUCAUCGUGCCAGCCAGAACCUGAGUGCGGGCCUCUCAGAGCUCCUUCCUCCGUGGGUCUGCUGGGGACUGGGCCUUGUCUCCCCAACGAGUGCCAGGCCUCUCCUGACCCCGUGCUCUGCCUCCUGUGUUCCAGGCCUCUCCUGACCCCGUGCUCUGCCUCCUGUGUUCCAGGGACUGUGAACAUGUCCGGGAUCGCCCUCAGCAGACUCGCCCAGGAGAGGAAAGCGUGGAGGAAAGACCACCCGUUUGGUUUCGUGGCUGUCCCAACAAAAAAUCCCGAUGGCACGAUGAACCUCAUGAACUGGGAGUGCGCCAUUCCAGGAAAGAAAGGGACUCCGUGGGAAGGAGGCUUGUUUAAACUACGGAUGCUUUUCAAAGAUGAUUAUCCAUCUUCGCCACCAAAAUGUAAAUUCGAACCACCAUUAUUUCACCCGAAUGUGUACCCUUCGGGGACAGUGUGCCUGUCCAUCUUAGAGGAGGACAAGGACUGGAGGCCAGCCAUCACAAUCAAACAGAUCCUAUUAGGAAUACAGGAACUUCUAAAUGAACCAAAUAUCCAAGACCCAGCUCAAGCAGAGGCCUACACGAUUUACUGCCAAAACAGAGUGGAGUACGAGAAAAGGGUCCGAGCACAAGCCAAGAAGUUUGCGCCCUCAUAAGCAGCGACCCUGUGGCAUCGUCAAAAGGAAGGGAUUGGUUUGGCAAGAACUUGUUUACAACAUUUUUGCAAAUCUGAAGUUGCUCCGUACAAUGACUAGUCACCUGGGGGGGUUGGGCGGGCGCCAUCUUCCAUUGCCGCCGCGGGUGCGCGGUCUCGAUUCGCUGAAUUGCCCGUUUCCAUACAGGGUCUCUUCCUUCGGUCUUUUGUAUUUUUGAUUGUUAUGUAAAACUCGCUUUUAUUUUAAUAUUGAUGUCAGUAUUUCAACUGCUGUAAAAUUAUAAACUUUUAUACUUGGGUAAGUCCCCCAGGGGCGAGUUCCUCACUCUGGGAUGCAGGCAUGCUUCUCACCGUGCAGAGCUGCACUUGGCCUCAGCUGGCUGUAUGGAAAUGCACCCUCCCUCCUGCCGCUCCUCUCUAGAACCUUCUAGAACCUGGGCUGUGCUGCUUUUGAGCCUCAGACCCCAGGUCAGCAUCUCGGUUCUGCGCCACUUCCUUUGUGUUUAUAUGGCGUUUUGUCUGUGUUGCUGUUUAGAGUAAAUAAACUGUUUAUAUAAA